UGGACCACCUUAAAAAUUUAGUUGAUAAUGAGUAAUAACACGAUCGCGGGUCAAUUGACGAUUUGUCAAUUUAAAUUUUUGAAGUACUUAUCUGGUAUUAUUCUGAACAUUUAUUAAAUUAAUAAACGUUUCACGUAUUCAUUGUUUCUUUUGUUAUACUAAUAAUAAAAAUGAAAACUAAGAUAUCAAGUUUCUUGAAAAUGGCAAGAAUUAUGCGACCAUAUUAUGUACGUACAGCCACCACAUCAUCUACUGGAGCAUUAUUGCCUGAACCACAAAAAAUUCCGUUUGGUCUAGUGGGUAUAAUUUUCACGGUUGUGCCAGGUUUAUUAAUUGGGGCCACCAUAAGUAAAUACAUGGCUAAUUUUCUAGAAGAAAAUGAAUUGUUCGUUCCAUCAGAUGACGACGACGAUGACGAUUAAAAAUAUUUGAUAUUAUCAAA